UUUAAAGGGAGGUUUCCAAGUGAAUGAAUUGAAUAGAAUUUGGUAAAUUGUUUUGGGGAGUGGAUUCCCUUACAGACCUUUGAGAGAGGGUAUUUUCACUCAACCUUCUUUUUUUUAACAUUAAUUUUCUGGUUUUAUUUUCUGCCUCCAACAUUUGGUAUUAGAGCGGGUUUCGAUGGCUUCAGAAGAGAUACCUCUCAAUGGAUUAAAGUUAUUGACUGGAGUAGUUCAAGUGCUAACAGAGAGAAUAGACCAAUUCAUGCACGUAGUUGAGAAAGUAGAUGAGCUUAUGCAAAAGGUUGCUCAGCUUAAGGAUGGAAGGAAUCCGGAGAACAGCGUUGGAACGCAAGGCAACAGAGAUGAGAGAGGGCAAGGAAAAAAUUAAUUCAUGGAAAAGAUGAAGAUGAAGAUGCGUCGAAAAUUUUUACCAGUAAAUUAUGCCCGAAAUUUGUAUCAAAAGUGUCAAAACCUCAAGCAAGGUGAAAAAUCGGCAAGUGACUAUACUGAAGAGUUCUAUAUUUUGACAUCUAUGCAAAUCUACAAGAGUAUGAAGAUAAAAAAAUAAGUCGCUACUUGAAUGGGCUAAAUGAAGGCAUUCAGAAUGAAUUGGCCUUUAAAGAGGUCUAUAAGAUGUUUGAUGCCUAUACUUUGACCCUCAAAGCAAAAGAAAUAGUCAAGCUUGGCCUUGGGAGAAACAGGUCAGUGACAAGAGGCUCUACUUCAACACAGGGGCAACAAGCUUUAACUUUUAAAAGACCACCUAUGGGGCGUGGAAACCAAGCCUCUCAGAAUUUUCCAACUAGGCCAAACCUUAAUAUGGGGAGAGGUCGUGUUGGGAGAGGGCUGGGAGCACCCAAAACACCUCGUAAUGAUACACAAAUUGUGUGUUUCAAGUGCCAACAGCCUGGGCAUAAGGCAUUCAAUCGCCCUUCACAUCAACCCCCUGUCAAAGUUAAUUUGGCCGAAAAAAAUUAUGAAGAAGAAGACAAUGAAGGAUACACCUAUGAAGAUCAAGGUAAUAUUGGGACGAGCCAGUCUUAUGAAGGGACUGAGCCUUUCAAAGGUGAGAUUGAGGAGUUGUACGAAUAUGAAAGCGGUGAAGCCUUAGUUGUCCAGCGAACCAUGCUAUCAACCCCAAGGUCUAGUGAGGAUAAGAAGUGGCUGCUAGACAAAAUUUUUCGAACAACUUGCACAUCAAGAGGCAUGCUAUGUACAAUACUAAUUUAUAGUGGGAGCAGUGAAAAUAUUGUAUCUAAAGAGGUGAUGGAUAAACUUCAAUUGAAGGGGCAUAAACACUUACGCCCAUAUCACAUCCAGUGGUUCAAGAAAGGAGGUUCGUGAGCUGGAAAACGACCCUAAUUUCAAUGCUGGAAGAGGGUCAGUUUUAACCUCUCAAGGCACAGUUGAGAUGGAG